AUGUUCCAAUCUCAUUCAUUCUAUUGUUUCCUCAACAACUUAAGAUGGCUGAGUUCAACUCAGUUCCUCAUUGGCUUCUCAUUCUCAAGGAGGAGAAGUUUUUCAGUCGCUGUUUGAGUCAUGGCUCUGUAAAGAAGAAUGAGAAGAACGUCUUUUGUUUAGAUUGCUGCACGAGCAUUUGCCUCCACUGUUUGCCCUUUCAUCGCUCUCACGUCCUUCUGCAGAUACGGAGAUACAUGUACAAUGAUGUAUUACGGCUUGGUGAUGCUGAAACAGUGUUGAAUUGUUCCCUUGUUCAACCGUACACAACAAAUAAAACCAAGGUUGUCUUUCUGAAACAGAGGCCUCACACUCGUUCUCACAAAGGCUCUAGCAACAUUUGCAUCACCUGUGACCGUAACCUUCAAGACCCUUACAUCUUCUGCUCUCUGUCUUGCAAGGUGCAUCGACAUCUUCUACUUAUUACCAAAAGCACAACCAUGGAAGGAACUUGGAACAAGUAUGAACUCUCUGUGCUACUUGACAAAGAACGAAGCAGGGAGAACGCACAACAGAUUGAAGACAGCCAAAUCACAACAGAUUCAGAACUAGACUCACCCACAGCUUCUGGGUCAACGAGUAGUAUCGGUGAGGGUGGUGUGGCAGAGACUGUGAAUAAUUCACUCAAAAAGAAACGUGGCAAUGUUGAAAUGGUGCCGGAGAUCUGGUACACUGUGGUGAACCGGCGAAAAGGUGUUCCUCAUCGAUCUCCACUGUACUAACAACUUGUCAUCUCCAACAAAUUAUUCUUUUGAAUCAAAAACAGCCAGAGACAAUUUUUACAAUGUUGUCAAUUUAUACAACAUUUUUUUUUUCAUUACUUGGUCUCUCUGUUCUUGACUUCCUUAUGAGUCAUGCAAAUUAUAUGCAGUCCCUUUUUUGUCGAUCAAAA